GCAAGAUAUUGCUUGAUCAUGGCCGCUGACGAAACGAGGAUCCUGAUCCUCUAUUCCGGCGGGACGCUGGGCAUGGUCCGGAACCCCUCGAAGGGGUACGUUCCUUAUCCUGGUUUCCUUACCGAAACGCUUCGGACACAGAGCCGAUUUCACGACCCAAACGCCGACUCAAUCUUCAGCUGGAGUGACACCACAGAUCGGUACAAGGCAUGGUCAGAGGCAUACAGCCGUCCGGACUCUGGCACGACGACGCCUCAACGUUCGUCGAAUCAUGAGAUGGAGCUCUCCACAGCUCUGACCUCGGUCACGGGAAGCAGCCUCUCUUCACACUUUCAGCCUUUUGGGAAGCCGACCCGAGUCUAUUCAUCGUCGCCGGACGGCAUCUACACCAAGAGCGCCGUCGAGCAUCGUAUCAGCGACGAUGGCAAGCGCCUCGAGCUGAUGCUGCCCACCAUGGUGACACCCUACCUUGGCGAUGGCGGCAAGAAGCGGACUCGCUACACUGUGUUGGAGUACGACCCUCUGCUUGACUCGAGCAACAUGGAGACAAAGGACUGGCUCCGCUUGGUGGCUGACAUCGACCUCAAUUAUCAAAAUUUCGACGCAUUCAUUAUCCUCCAUGGUACCGACACGAUGAGCUAUACCUCUUCGGCCCUUAGCAUGCUCCUUGAGAACCUGGGAAAACCCGUCGUGGUUACGGGAGCCCAGGUGCCCCUGUCCGAACUUCGAAAUGACGCCAUCGAAAAUGUACUGGGAGCCUUGGUGGUAGCGAGCACGCAGCCCAUUGCCGAAGUCACGCUUUUUUUCGCCUCGACGCUGUACCGUGGCAACCGCGUCAGCAAGCUCUCCAACUCCGCCCUCUCUGCCUUCGACUCUCCAAACAUGCCACCGCUCGCGCGAGCAGGCAUCUCCAUCGAUGUCGCCUGGCACCUCGUCCGGAGACCAACUCGCCUCGCCCCCUUCCGGGCCCACGACGCGCUGAGCCAGGACGUGGUGCUGCUCCGACUCUUUCCAGGCCUGCAAAGCCUCACCGUCAGGUCCUUCCUCGAGUCCUCGCCGAUAAGGGGUGUGGUACUGCAUUCGUACGGCGCAGGCAAUGCACCGACACGAAAAGACCUCCUUGAUGUGCUGCGAGAAGCGGCAGAGAGGGGCGUCGUCAUUGUCAACAUCUCCCAAUGCAUCCAAGGAGAAGUUUCAGCAAUUUACGAGGUCGGAAAGACACUGGAGAAAGUCGGUGUCGUUGCGGGCGCCGACAUGACGCCCGAAGCGGCACUGACGAAGCUCAGCUACCUGCUCGCCAAGAAGGAGCUGGGACCCGACCAAAUUCGAAGACUGAUGGGAACCAGCCUACGGGGUGAGCUGACAGAGAGGACACAGGUGCGAAACUACGGCCAUGACAGGACGGGAAGACGCUCUUCGUCCUCUUCGUCUGGCACGGCGACAACUGAACGGAGACGGGGCAAGCGAGUCCUCGGGCUCCUUGCGAGAAUCCUGGGCUCAUCGCACGAUGGUGGUAACGUCGAAGAGGAUGAGAACGAGGAGGAGACACUCUACAAGAUCAAGGACGAAGCAGACCUCGAUUCGCUGGCGGUUGAGGCGGAACGGGGCAUUCUUCCCUACUUGAUUCAACGAUCCAUCGAGCGCAACGAGCCUUCCACCCUCUCGUCUCUCCUGGCCCGCCAGGGCUUCCUCGCCUCCUCCCAGCCAACAGCGACCCCACACACAAAGACGGCGACAGCGACAGCGUCGGCAGCAACCGCAGCCAGCAGCAGCAGCAGCAGCAGCAGCAGCACCGAGCUGGACCCGCACUCGAGCGCGCUCCACCUCGCCGCGACGCUGGGCCGCCUCGAAUGCGUCCGGCUCCUCCUCCAGUCGGGCUACAAUGUCCACCUGCGUGCCGCGUCGCACUCCAAUCAUUCGCCACUGUACCUCGCCGCAUACAAUGGGCACGCAGACGUGGUGCGGCUUCUCCGGAGCGCAGGCGCCCAUCUGCUCAUGGACGAGCGCCAGGCUGAUGGGCAACAGCAGCAGCAGCAGCAGCAGCAGCAGCAGCGCGACAUUUGGGUAUUGGCUUCUGGUCCUUCGAGAGCGAGUGAGGACGCACCUGUAUCUGUAGAGUAACCCUGGCAUGGCACAGUAACGAAACGUAGAGUUCAUG